UGUAGGUUGCGCUCUUCUGCUUGACUACUAGUGUGACACCAGGAAUGAAUGGAGGACGGACUCGGGUCAGCAGAUGGACUCUCCUGCUGCCUGUGGGUUCCCCCCCCCCCCGUCCCAGCGAGGUGUUUGUGCAGCUUGGCCAUGUGCUUGGGUCAGCGCUACUGCAGGUAGCAGGGCACCCCUGGACUGAGAGAGAGAAGGAGGAUGGGGGGGGAGGGGGUACCCCUGAACUGAGAGAGCAGGAUGUGGGUGGGGGUUGGAGUUGGGAUCAAGGGGCUGGCAAUGGAGGGAUUAUCCCUUUUUAAUCUGUUGUACCCCGCUGGGGAGAUAAACAGUCAUCCGUCCCUCUUCCCCAUCCCCCUCUUCCGGCUCGCAGCACAAGACAGAGGCAGCCGGAGAGAGGCAGGGAAAUGCCUUCUCUCCCCGAGUGGACUAGCACCUCCUCGGAACAGGUCCGGAUUGUCUUCAAACCCGUAAGGAUGGGGCUCCCCGUGCAGCCUGGUCGGGGAGAGUCUGGUCACCUGUGGGAGUCUGGGCCUAUUCAGAGCCAUCCUGUGUGCUGAAGCUGGUGAAGCCCUGGGAGUAUUACAGCAUCUCCGAGUGGUCGCUUUGUGCCAGCCGCCCAGUAAAUUAUACCCGCUCUGUCUUCUGCAUGCGUCUGUGGGAACCCAAAUGAGUGUGUGAUUUCAUUCGGAUCUAGGUUUUGUGCCAGUGUUGCCCAUGGAGAUUUGGUGCCGAUGAUGGGCGGGAUGUGGUAAUUGGUAAUUCAACGUUUUUAACAAUUCUCUUCCAAGCGUUCCGGCACGCGCAGGCGUUACCAAGACGACGGGAUUUCAGAUGACGAGAUAGAAGGCAAGAGGACCUUUGACCUGGAAGACAAGCUCAUGAGCGACAGAUACAAUGCCAACCUGGUCAAGCACAUGGAGGGCAAAGACUUCACCUUUGAGUACAUCCAGAGGGAGGGGCUGCGGGAUCCCAUCAUCUUCGAGAAGCCGGACGGGCUGGGAAUCAAGAUGCCUGAUCCGGAUUUCAGUGUGAAUGACGUCAAAAUGUUUGUUGGUAAGACUUUCCACAUCGAUUUCGGAGGCACCUCUGUCUGGUACCACAUACUAAGGGGAGGAAAGGUGUUUUGGCUGAUACCCCCCACUGCUCAGAAUCUGGAGCUGUACGAGAACUGGGUCCUGUCCGGCAAACAAGGCGACAUCUUCCUCGGGGACAAGGCCAGCGACUGCCAGAGGAUCGAGCUGAAGCAGGGCUACACCUUCAUGAUCCCCUCGGGCUGGAUCCACGCCGUCUACACCCCAGUGGACACUCUGGUGUUUGGGGGGAACUUCCUGCACAGCUUCAACAUUCCCAUGCAGCUCCACAUCUACAGCAUUGAGGACAGGACCAGAGUACCUACGAAGUUUCGCUACCCUUUCUACUAUGAGAUGUGCUGGUAUGUGCUGGAGAGAUACCUGUACAGCCUCACCAAGACCUCCUACCUCACUCCUGAGUUUCAGAGGCUGUCGCUAGGCAUUGGUGAGUCUCUCAACAGUGUUAAUGUCCUAUCCUUAUUUUCCCAGCCCUCCUGGUACCAGCCGUGCCCUCCUCCUCCACUGCCAGUGGGGCGUCCACGAUUGUACCCCUCGUGUCCUGCGCCGUCCCGGCCGCCCCGCCCCGCCUCUGUGUCGGCUCUGCGCAGGCGCCGGGUGCGCUGCAAGCGCUGUGCCGCCUGUCUGCGCCAGGAGUGCGGCGUCUGCAACUUCUGCCGAGACAUGAAGAAAUUCGGGGGCCCCGGGCGUCUGAAACAGACCUGCGUGCUCCGCCAGUGUCUCGCUCCUGGCCUGCCCCUGUCAGCAGUGUGUGAGGUGUGUGGGGAGGGCUCUCAGGACCCCAGUGAGACUCCAGUUUUCUCUCUCACCCUAAUGGAGUGCACGGCCUGUGGGCAGAUUGCACAUCCCGACUGUAUCAAGGUGUCAGGAGAGGGUGUGGUGAACAAGGACCUGCCAAGCUGCUGGGAGUGUCCCAAGUGUACUCUGGCCAAAGACACGCAGACUGAGUCCUCAGUCAGUGAUGAAGGGGAUGAGGACAGUGUGGCGUCAGCAGGCUCUCUCUCUCCAGCGGCCCCCCCAUCUGAGAAGCGCUCCCUGAGGGAGGGAGUGGGUGGUGGAGGGGGCGGGGAGGGGGAUGAGGGAGGGGGGUAUAGGUCCAGCAAACAUGCUGGUAAACCCCCUCUCCCACUGUCAGCUCUGCCCUUGUCCCGGCGUCAACCAUCCUCCUCCCUCAGCCAGCGUCCUCGCAGAAUAGCGCCCCCUCCCUCCCACAGGCUGCUACUGCAGCAGCAACAGCAGCAACAGCGGAGGAGAGCCGGGGCUCUGGGGUUCAAUCUGAGAAAGAGGAUAAAAAUGGAGCGUGACAAGAUCUUAAACUCUGUGAGUAUAGUAGAAAAUUAUUCAAAUGCCUGUGAUGGCCGAGAGUUCUCAUUGCGUCAUUGUGCCUUUGCUUGGUCCUUCCCAAUUGCCAGGAGUAAUGCAACUCAUGCGGCAUCCUCCUCCUCCCGCCUGCGCUCUUCCUCCCGGCUGUCCCCGGCGCUCGCCGCCUCCGACACCCGGCACAGGGGGACCGGCAGGCGGGGCACCUGGGGACGCCCUCCCAAAUUGGGCCGACCCUCCUCUCUAGUCUCCCGGCGCAACAGCGGAAGAGGGGGUUUGAAAAGGGAGGGCGAGAGGCAGGAGGAGAGCCAGCGGGGGGCGCGCUUCCGCCGCCGGCAGCAGUGCAAGGCCCGGCGGACAGACGACGGCCUCUCGGAGGGCGAGCGCGACCGCCUCGGGGGCGUCUCGUCGCACGGCAAGGAGAACAGGCCGCACAAGUCCAGCAGAGACCCUUCCGAUGACGAAGACCGCGAGGAGGAAGAGAUGGAAGGGGUGGAGGAGGACGACGAGGGGGAGGACGGAGAGGCCCACUCGGACUCGGAGCCCGACCCGCCCGUGCUGCUGGUGUCGGAUCUGAGCGACGACCCCCUGCUGAACGGCUCCUACCUCACCGUCACUCUCCAGCGCCCCACACGCUCCAAAAGGGACCCUGGCUCCAUCGUCCCCAAGCUGGAGGCCGUCUCCCCCAAAACAGGGACACAACUCAACCAGGGGUACAUCCAAAGGAAGUCCCUACACAGGCCAAAGUCGAGGGCUGGACUAAUGGCGUCUGAAAAUCCCGACCCCUACUCCGAAAGGAGGUCUUCAUCGUCCCGCGCUUCCCGAAACUUUUCCAGUAACUCCCCCCUUGCUCAGCCAUCCCUCUCCACACCCAGGCACUCGGAGCUUGGGGUGUCGGAGGCCCGAGUUGUGGUCUGCAGGCUGGACGGAGGGAGGGAGCGAGGGGACAGUCGCCCCGACUGCGUCGCUGGCUCCAGCCACCCCUCAUUCAAUCACCACGGUCACCAGCAGACUUCUUCCCAGCUCUCUCACACCCUCUCCGCGGCGCUCGCAGGAUCGAGGAUCGGGGGCUCCGCUUCCUCUUCCCCCCCUCCCACGCUCUCCUCAUCCUCGUCGUUCCUCAUGGCGCAGGACGGGGGCAGCGAGCCGGGCUGUGAGAAGGAGGUGUGGGUGUCGGUGUUCCGCUACCUGACCCGGGCUGAGUUGUGCGUCUGCAUGACUGUGUGCAAGAGCUGGUACAAAUGGACCUGUGAUAAGCGCUUAUGGACACGAAUCGACUUGAGCCGCUGUCGGUCAGUCAGCCCCCAGGCUCUGUCCGGCAUCAUCAAGCGCCAGCCCAUCAUCCUGGACCUCAGCUGGACCAGCAUUUCCAAAAAACAGCUUACCUGGCUCAUCAACAGGCUUCCAGGGCUAAAGGAUCUGAUGCUGUCUGGCUGCUCAUGGUCGUCAGUGUCAGCUCUUAGCACACCCAGCUGUCCCCUCCUCAGGACUCUGGACCUGCGCUGGGCUGAGGGGGUCAGAGAUACUCAGAUCAGGGACCUCAUCAUCCCCCCAGGCUGUGACAAUCACAGUAAGCUAAGGAACAUGGUGUCUUUCCGGCUAUCUGGUCUAGAAGUGAGCGAUGCCACGCUGAGGCUCAUUAUUAGACACAUGCCCCUGUUGUCCCGGCUGGAUCUGUCACACUGUCGCCUCAUCACUGACCAGUCCGUCAAUCUGCUGACCGCUGUGGGGUCUUCUACCAGGAACACCCUCACUGAGAUCAACCUGGGAGGCUGUAACAAGCUCACGGAUGACUGUCUGGUCUUCUUGAAGCGGGUGUCUUGUCUAUCUCUUCUGGAUCUGCGGGGUUGUAAGGGAAUCAGCCGAAGAGCCUGCGAGGCCUUUAUCUCCGAACUGUCUGUCAACGCACUGUACUGUCUUUCUGAGGACAAGCUUAUACAGAGGAUCUCAUAGAGAGAGACUAUGCUGUACGGACAAAGAGAACUAUCAGAGGAUAAACUAAUACAAAGGCUUGUUUUGUGUGAGAGAGACUGGUGUGCCGAGGGGAAGAGUGUGUUGUACAAGGUGAUGCUGAGGGUGUCGGAGCGAGGGAGAGACUGCCCUGCACAGGGGGGAUUGACUACUGUGAAAGAGACUACUGUCGGUGCGAGGACAAGCUGAUACAGGGUGUUAGAUUGGCAGAGGGGGUGUCAUACAGUCCCAGGCAGACUGUGGAGGGGUUAGGAAAAUUAGUGAGGGUGGGGUGCUGGUGUUUUACAGACCGCUCAGAAAUGCACAACCUCUCGAUCAGUUCCAAUAUUAAGAGGAAGUGAGCAAAUUGUGUUCUAGUUAGACGCGUUGUAAAAAAAACAAAUCCAGGAAACUCCACAGGGGGAGAAGCGAGUCUGUACACGUGCUACCCAAGACAUCUCUUUGUCCGAGUCAGUCCUCUGGGAGCUGUGAAGAACAGGCCACUACAUGGGAGAUCACGGAGGCCGUGGUGCCCACACAGCCCCUUGGGCCUCGCCUUCGCUGCCUCCACCCAGGCAGUUGUGGCACACACCGGUGACGAGCCGCUCCCAGCGGGGCAGAGACCAGCAGGCCCCCUCGGAGCCGGCCAGACCCGCUUCCCGCAGGGCCUCUGCCCGAUCGGAGCCCGUCCUGGCGUUCCUCCGACCCGUUCCCCGGGCGACGUGCCCUGCCGCAGGCCGCAGACCUCCCGGAGAGAAUCCCGAGAGCCCAGUGGCCACGCCCUGGCGCCAGCGGACACAACAAGCGGCCCCCGUGCCCGAUCCCUCAGGGCGAGUGGUAACCCGCGCUGCAGCAGGGCUGGCCAUUGCAGGACUAUUGGAAACACAAAUAUUGAUGGUGCUGUAAAUGUCUUAAUCUUUCUCUCUCUCCUGCUGGCUCCCCGUCUCCCACUCUCUCCUCCCCCAUCUCUCUCUCUUCUGUUUUCAAAAAGGAAUAUAAAUGAUGUUCAGAUUUUUUUUCCCCCUCUUUUCACUGUUUAAUGACUGACAGAUCUUGUAGCAUUAUAAUUAUUUUCAGAAAC